AUGCUGCUCCCUGCCCUCCUCUUUGGGAUGGCAUGGGCAUUGGCUAACGGGCGGUGGUGUGAGCAGACGGAGACAAUCCUGGGGGAGGAGGAGGUGACCCCCCGUCAGGAGGAGCUGGUGCCCUGCACCAGCCUCUACCAUUACCAGCGCCUGGGCUGGCGGCUGGACCUGUCCCGGAGUGGGCCUGCUGGGCUCUGUCCCAUCUACAAGCCCCCAGAGACCCGGCCUGCCACAUGGAACCGGACGGUGAGGGCUUGCUGCCCAGGCUGGGGGGGCACCCACUGCACCCUGGUCCUUGCAGAAGCCAGCCCUGAGGGCCACUGCUUCGCCACGUGGCAAUGCCAGCUGCGGGCAGGUUUAGCUAAUGCUUCUGCAGGAAGCCUGGAGGAGUGCUGUGCCCGGCCUUGGGGACACAGCUGGCAGGAUGGCAGCUCUCAGGCCUGCCUCAGCUGCUCCAGCCUACGGCCCCCAGGCAGCACUCCCUCUCCAGCCCUCCUGCGGCCCCUGCCAGGGGCCGUGGCCCAGCUCUGGAGCCAGCACCAGCGUCCCUCAGCCACCUGCGCUACCUGGUCAGGCUUCCACUACCGGACCUUUGAUGGGCGCCACUACCACUUCCUGGGCCGCUGCACCUACCUAUUGGUGGGGGCUGUGGAUUCCACCUGGGCUGUCCACCUCGUGCCCAGGGGGCAUUGUCCCCCACCUGGGCACUGUCAGCUGGCCAGGGUGAUGAUGGGACCCGAGGAGGUGCUGGUCCAGGGUGGAAAUGUCUCUGUGAAUGGGCAGCUGGUAUCUGAUGGGGAGUCUCGGCUGCUGCCGGGGCUGAGCCUGCAGUGGCAAGGGGACUGGCUGGUGCUGUCAGGGGGCCUGGGGGUCAUUGUGCGGCUGGACAGGUCCAGUUCGGUCUCCGUUUCCGUGGACCACAAGCUCCAGGGACAGACUCAAGGCCUCUGUGGGGUCUACAAUGGCAGGCCUGAGGAUGACUUCUUGGAGCCAGGCGGCGGGCUGGCUGUGUUAGCUGCCACCUUUGGGAAUUCCUGGAGGCUCCCUGACUCAGAGCCUGGGUGUCUGGAUGCAGUGGAGGUGGCCCCAGGCUGUGACGAUCCCCUGAGGGGCACAGAGGCAGGCAUGCAGGCUGGCCAACUGCGGGCUGAAGCCCAGGAUGUGUGCCACCAGCUGCUGGAUGGUCCGUUCAGGGAAUGUCAUGCCCAGGUUCCCCCUGCUGAGUACCACGAGGCCUGCCUCUUUGCCUACUGUGCUGGGGCCCCAGCAGGCAGUGGGCAAGAGGGGCGGCGGGAGGCCGUGUGCGCCACCUUGGCCCACUACGCUCAGGACUGCGCCAAGCGGCGCAUCCACGUGCGCUGGAGGAAGCCCGGCUUCUGCGACCGCCUGUGCCCGGGAGGCCAGCUGUACUCCGACUGCGCCUCGGCCUGCCCGCCCAGCUGCGCGGCCGCGGGCGCGGGAGGGGAGGGGUCCUGCGGGGAAGAGUGCGUGAGCGGCUGCGAGUGCGCGCCCGGCCUCUUCUGGGACGGCGCCCUCUGCGUGCCUGCCGCCCGCUGCCCCUGCUACCACCGACGCCAGCGCUACUCCCCCGGUGACACCGUGCGCCAGCUGUGUAACCCAUGCGUGUGCCAGGACGGCCGCUGGCUCUGCGCGCAGGCGCCGUGCCCCGCCGAGUGCGCGGUGGGCGGGGACGGGCAUUACCUCACCUUUGAUGGGCGGAGCUUCUCCUUCCGCGGCAGCCCAGGUUGCCGCUCCAGCCUGGUGCAGGACUUCACCAAGGGGCAGCUGCUGAUCGUGCUGGAGCAUGGGACCUGCGACUCUGGGAGCUGCCUCCACGCCAUCUCUGUCUCCCUGGGGGACACCCAUGUCCAGCUUAGGGACUCAGGAGCUGUGCUGGUCGAUGGGCAGGAUGUGGGCUUGCCCUGGGAUGGCCCUGGGGGCCUCCACCUCUCCCGAGCCUCCUCCACCUUCCUGGUGCUGCGCUGGCCUGGGGCCCAGGUCCUCUGGGGAGUGUCAGACCCUGCAGCCUACAUCACCUUGGACCCCCGCCAUGCUGACCAGGUGCAGGGUCUGUGUGGCACCUUCACCAGGAACCAGCAAGAUGACUUUCUGACACCUGCUGGCGACGUGGAGACCAGCAUUGCCGCCUUCGCCAGCAAGUUCCAGGUGGGAGAUGAGGGAAGGUGCCCCUCAGAGGACAGCACCCUGCUCUCUCCCUGCAGCACCCACGCUCAGCACCACAUUUUCUCGGAGGCAGCCUGUGCCGUCCUGCGUGGCCCGGCCUUCCAGGAGUGCCACGGCCUGGUGGACAGGGAGCCAUUCCACCUGCGCUGCUUGGCAGCCAUGUGUGGCUGUGCCCCUGGCAGGGACUGCCUCUGUCCUGUGCUGGCUGCCUAUGCUCGCCGCUGUGCCCAGGAGGGUGCCUCACUUCUCUGGAGGAACCAAACCCUCUGCCCUGUCCUGUGUCCUGGUGGUCAAGAGUACCAGGAGUGUGCCCCAGUAUGCGGUCGAAACUGUGGGGAGCCAGAAGACUGUGGGGAGCUGGGCGGCUGUGUGGCCGGUUGUACCUGCCCCCUGGGGCUGCUGUGGGACCCUGAGGGCCAGUGUGUGCCCCCCAGCUUGUGCCCCUGCCAGCUCGGAGCCCAUCGCUAUGCACCUGGCAGUGCCACCAUGAGGGACUGCAACCACUGCAUCUGCCAGGAGCGGGGCCUCUGGAACUGCACAGCUCGCCGCUGCACCCCUCCGCGGGCAUACUGCCCCCAGGAGCUUGUCUAUGUCCCUGGUGCCUGCCUGCUCACCUGUGACAGCCCCACGGCCAACCACUCUUGUCCCCCAGGCAGUACGGGGGGCUGUGUCUGUCCCUCAGGCACCGUACUGCUGGAUGAGCGCUGUGUGCCUCCCGAGCUCUGUCCCUGCCGUCACAGUGGGCAGUGGUACCCACCCAAUGCUACCAUCCAGGAGGACUGCAACAUUUGUGUGUGCCAGGGCCGGCAGUGGCACUGCACGGGCCGGCGGUGUGGCGGACGGUGCCAGGCAUCAGGUGCCCCCCAUUAUGUGACAUUCGAUGGGCUGGCCCUCACCUUCCCCGGGGCCUGUGAAUAUCUGCUGGUGCGAGAGGCCAGCGGCCGGUUCACAGUCUCUGCCCAGAACCUGCCCUGCGGGGCCAGCGGCCUCACCUGCACCAAGGCGCUGACCGUGCGACUGCAGAGCACUGUUGUGCACAUGCUCAGAGGCCAGGCCGUGACGGUGAAUGGGGUGAGCGUGACACCCCCUAAGGUCUACACGGGCCCCGGGCUGUGCCUGCGGCAGGCUGGCCUCUUCCUGCUGCUCAGCACCCGCCUGGGCCUCAGCCUGCUCUGGGAUGGAGGCACCCGGGUCCUGCUGCAGCUGUCCCCUGAGUUUCGAGGCCGUGUGGCUGGGCUGUGUGGAGACUUUGAUGGAGAUGCCAGUAAUGACCUUCGGAGCCGCCAGGGAGUCCUGGAGCCCACAGCUGAGCUGGCUGCCCACUCCUGGCGCCUCAGUCCUCUCUGUCCCGAGCCAGGGGACCUGCCACACCCCUGUACUGUGAACGCCCACCGGGCCAGCUGGGCUCACGCCCGCUGCGGGCUAAUGCUGCAGCCGCUCUUUGCCCGAUGCCACGUGGAGGUGCCCCCACAGCAACACUACGAGUGGUGUGUGUACGACGCCUGCGGCUGUGAUUCUGGGGGCGACUGUGAGUGUCUCUGCUCCGCCAUUGCCGCGUACGCAGACGAGUGUGCCCGGCAUGGACUCCAUGUGCGCUGGCGAAGCCAGGAGCUCUGCCCUCUGCAGUGUGAAGGGGGGCAGGUGUAUGAGGCCUGUGGCCCCACGUGUCCCCCCACCUGCCAUGACCAUGAUCCUGAGCCUGGGUGGCACUGCCAGGCUGUUGCCUGUGUGGAGGGCUGUUUCUGCCCCGAGGGGACUCUGCUGCACGGAGGAGUCUGCUUGGAGCCGACUUCCUGCCCCUGUGAGUGGGGGGGCAGCUUCUUCCCGCCAGGGACUGUGCUGCAGAAGGACUGUGGGAACUGCACGUGCCAGGAAAGUCAGUGGCUUUGUGGAGGUGACGGUACCCACUGUGAGGAGCUGGUGCCAGGCUGUGCAGAGGGAGAGGCCCCGUGCCAGGAGAGUGGGCAUUGUGUGCCCCACGAGUGGCUUUGUGACAACCAGGAUGACUGUGGCGACGGCUCAGACGAGGAGGGCUGUGCCACUCCAGGCUGUGGGGAGGGCCAGAUGUCUUGCAGCUCCGGGCUCUGCCUGCCCUUGGUGCAGCUCUGUGAUGGGCAAGAUGACUGUGGAGACGGGACGGACGAGCAGGGCUGCCCAUGCCCCCAGGACUCACUGGCCUGUGCUGAUGGGCGCUGCCUGCCCCCGGCUCUGCUCUGUGAUGGGCACCCGGACUGUCCAGAUGCUGCUGAUGAGGAGUCCUGUCUGGGGCAGGUGAACUGCACCCUUGGAGAGGUGUCCUGUGUUGAUGGCACCUGCGUGGGGGCCAUCCAGCUGUGUGAUGGAAUCUGGGACUGCCCAGAUGGAGCCGAUGAGGGGCCUGGGCACUGCCCCCUCCCCUCACUGCCCACUCCCCCAGCUGGCACCUUCCCUGGCCACCCUGCUGGCUCCCAGGAGACUGAACCAACUGCCCUGGCCAGCACCAGUGCUGCUCCACCCUGCGGCCCCUUCGAGUUUCCGUGCGGCAGCGGCGAGUGCGCCCCGCGCGGCUGGCGCUGCGACGGCGAGGAGGACUGUGCCGACGGCAGCGACGAGCGCGGCUGCGGCUGGCCCUGCGCGCCGCACCACUUGCCCUGCGCCAGCGGCCCGCGCUGCGUGGCCCCCGCGCAGCUGUGCGACGGCGUGCCGCAGUGCCCCGACGGCUCGGACGAGGGCCCCGACGCCUGCGGCUCCACCCAGCUGCCCCCAUGCGGUGGCCUCUUCCCCUGUGGUUUGGCUCCCCAACUGUGCCUGAACCCAGAGCGGCUCUGCGAUGGGAUCCCCGACUGUCCCCAGGGCGAGGACGAGCUGGGCUGUGGGGGGCUACUAGCUCCAGGAGGCCCCAACAGGACUGGGGUUUCCUGCCCAGAAUACUCCUGCCCCGAAGGCCUCUGCAUCGGUUUCCAGCUGGUGUGCGACGGGCACCCUAACUGUGACCUGGCAGCGGGGGCAGGGCCCUCCCAUGAUGAACAGGGUUGUGGAGCCUGGGGCCCCUGGGGCCCGUGGGGCACCUGCAGCCAGACGUGUGGGCCGGGGGUACAGGGCCGGAGCCGCCGCUGCUCCCCACCCAGUCUCCCGGUGCUGCAGCACUGCCCAGGCCCCGAGCACCAGACCCAGGCCUGCUUCACAGCCGCCUGCCCAGUGGAUGGUGAGUGGACCUCCUGGUCUCCCUGGUCCUCCUGCUCGGAGCCCUGCGGGGGUACCAUGAGCCGGCAGCGGCGGUGCCACCCACCCCAGAACGGGGGCCGGACCUGUGCCAUGCUGCCUGGAGGCCCCCACAGCACCUACCAGACGAGGCCCUGCCCUCAGGACGACUGUCCCAAUGCCACCUGCUCCGGAGAGCUGGUGUUCCGGCCCUGUGCCCCCUGCCCUCUGACCUGCGAUGACAUCUCUGGUCAGGCUGUGUGCCCCCCUGACCGGCCCUGCAGCAGCCCAGGCUGCUGGUGCCCCGAGGGACAGGUGCUGGACGCUGAGGGGCGUUGUGUGUGGCCCCGGAAGUGCCCCUGCCUGGUGGACGGCACGCGCUACUGGCCUGGGCAGCAAGUCAAGGCUGACUGCCAGCUCUGCAUCUGCCAGGACGGGCGGCCCUGGCGCUGCCGGCCUGACCCCGACUGUGCCGUGAACUGUGGCUGGUCAUCCUGGUCCCCCUGGGCUGAGUGCCUGGGCCCCUGUGGGAGCCAGAGCAUUCAGUGGUCCUUCCGGAGCCCCAACAACCCCCGCCUCUCCGGCCGAGGUCGCCAGUGCUGGGGCAUCCACCGCAAGGCCCGCAGGUGCCAGACGGGGCCCUGCGAGGGCUGUGCGCAUCAGGGCCAGGUCCGCCGCGUGGGGGAGCGCUGGCGCGCAGGUCCCUGCACGGUCUGCCAGUGUCUGCACAACGGCACGGCGCGCUGCUCCCCCUACUGCCCGCUGGGCAGCUGCCCCCAGGACUGGAUCCUAGUGGAAGGAUUGGGAGAGUCCUGUUGCCACUGCGCCCCACCUGGAGAGAACCAGACGGUCUACCCCAUGACCACUCCCACCCCCACUCCAGCUCCUAGUCCCCAGAUGGGACCCCCUCUGAUCACCUAUGUUCUGCCUCCGCCUGGAGACCCCUGCUAUUCUCCCCUGGGCCUGGCCCGACUCCCCGAGGGGAGCCUGCGUGCACUGCCCUGGCAGCUGGAGCACCCAACCUGGGCUGCCCGCCUCGGGGCUCCCACCGACGGGCCCGGCCAUCAGGGCUGGAGCCCCCGAGAGGAUGCUCACUCUCAGCAGCGCACCCAGCCCCUCUACCUGCAGCUGGACCUGCUGCGGCCCCGGAACCUCACUGGCAUCAUAGUGCAGGGGGCAGGGUCCUCGGACUUGCUCCAGUUCAGCAGUGAUGGUCUACACUGGUACAACUACCGUGACAUCCUGCCUGGUGUCCCACCCCCACCCAAGCUUUUCCCUGGGAACUGGGAGGACGUAGGCCCCACAGUGCGGACGUUCAGCCGGAUGGUGCAGGCACAGCACGUCCGGGUCUGGCCCCAUGACGCCCACCACAGUGACACCCACCGCAGCGUCUCCCUGCGGGUGGAGCUGCUGGGCUGUGAGCCAGUGUCCCCGCUGGAGGCGUCCCCAUGCCCAGGGGGUGGGCACCGCUGCGCCAGUGGUGAGUGUGCCCCGAGGGGGGCCCCGUGCGAUGGUGUGGAAGACUGCAUGGACGGCUCCGAUGAGGAGGGCUGCGUACCCCUCCCGGCAGGCACCGGCAGCAUCCCGUCCACAGCCAGGACCCCACCCCUCUCCUCCACCCAGCCCGGACAGCUGCCCCCCCAGCACAGAGAGGGUCUGGCAGAGACUGAAAGCUGGCAUCCUGGGCAGAGGUCACCUGUGCCCCCCACAGGGAAGGGGCCAGCUCAUCACCUCCCAACCUCUCAGGCUCCCCGCCUGAGUCCUGGGAAAUCGGUGCAGACCGUGGUGACCACCGCCCCCACACGCCAGCCUGAGGCCCUGCAGCCAGGAAUGGCAGCUGUGAUAGUGCUCCCCUCCGACGCGAUGACUCCCACGGCCCCCGCUGGCCAGAGUGUUGCCCCGGGCCCCUUCCCACCAGUGCAGUGCAGCCCGGGCCAGGUGCCCUGCGAGGUGGUGGGCUGCGUGGACCAGGAGCAGCUGUGUGACGAGAGGGAGGACUGUCUGGAUGGCUCUGAUGAGAGGCACUGCGCGAGCACUGUGCCCUUCACGGUGCCCACAACAGCCCUGCCCGGGCUGCUAGCCUCACGAGCCCUCUGCUCCCCGAGCCAGCUGAGCUGCGGCAGUGGGGAGUGUCUGCCCGCCGAGCGGCGCUGUGACAGGCACCGUGACUGCCAGGACGGCUCAGAUGAGGAUGGCUGUGUGGACUGUGGGCUGGCACCCUGGUCUGGCUGGAGCAGCUGCAGCCGUAGCUGUGGCUUGGGCCUCGCCUUCCAGCGCCGGGAGCUGCUGUGGCCUCCCCUGCCUGGGGGCAGCUGCCCGCCUGACCGGCUCCGCAGCCAGCCCUGCUUCAUGCAGGCCUGCCCAGUGGCUGGGGCGUGGGCUGUGUGGGAGGCCUGGGGGCCCUGCAGUGUCUCCUGUGGAGGUGGCCAUCGGAGUCGCCGGAGGAGCUGUGUGGACCCUCCUCCCAAGAAUGGUGGCGCCCCCUGCCCCGGGGCCUCCCAGGAGAGAGCACCCUGCGGCUUGCAGCCCUGCACAGGGGGCACAGACUGCGGGCUGGGCCGUGUGCAUGUUAGUGCUGAGCUUUGCCAGAAGGGGCUGGUGCCCCCAUGCCCUCCUUCCUGCCUGGAUCCCGAGGCCAACAGAAGCUGCAGUGGACACUGUCUGCAGGGGUGCCGCUGCCCUCCUGGGCUGCUCCUCCAUGACUCCCACUGCCUGCCCCUCUCCCAGUGCCCCUGCCUUGUGGGUGAAGAGCUGAAGCAGCCGGGGAUGCCCUUCCUCCUGGACAACUGCAGCCAGUGCACGUGUGAGAAGGGGGCUCUGCUGUGUGAACCAGGGGGCUGCCCUGUGCCCUGCGGCUGGUCAGCCUGGUCCUCCUGGGGUCCCUGUGACCGCUCCUGUGGCUCUGGAGUGAGGGCCAGGUUCAGGUCUCCCUCCAACCCUCCGGCUGCUUCUGGCGGUGCCCCGUGUGAAGGCAACAGGCAGGAGGUUCAGGUCUGCCACACCAAGUGUGGGACAGAGACACUGGGCUGGACGCCCUGGGCACCCUGGUCCUCGUGCUCCCGGAGCUGCCUCGCCCCUGGAGGGGGCCCAGGCCGGCGCAGUCGUACCCGGCUCUGCUCCAGCCCUAGGGACACAUCCUGCCCUGGAGAGGCCACCGAGGAGGAGCCCUGCAGCCCCACUAUGUGCCCAGUGCCAAGUGUCUGGGGUCUGUGGUCCCCCUGGUCCACCUGCUCAGCCCCCUGUGAUGGAGGCAUCCAGACACGUGGGCGCAGCUGCUCUGCCUCCGCUCCUGGGGACUCCGAGUGCCAGGGACCCCACAGCCAGACCAAGGACUGCAACACACAGCCCUGCACAGCCCAGUGCCCAGGGGACAUGGUGUUCCGCUCGAUGGAGCAGUGCCACCAGGAGGGGGGCCCGUGCCCUCGGCUGUGCCUGGCGCAGGGCCCUGGGGUGGAGUGCAUAGGCUUCUGCGCCCCCGGCUGCGCCUGCCCCCCUGGCCUCUUCCUGCACAAUGCCAGCUGCCUGCCCCCCAGUCGGUGCCCCUGCCAGCUGCACGGGCAGCUCUAUGCGCCUGGAGAAGUGGCUCAGCUGGACUCCUGCAACAACUGCACCUGCAUCUCUGGCGAGAUGGUGUGCACCUCGGAGCCCUGCCCAGUGGCCUGUGGCUGGAGCCCCUGGACCCCGUGGAGUGUCUGCAGCCGCAGCUGCAACGUGGGCCUUCGGCGGCGCUUCCGGGCGGGCACUGCGCCCCCUGCUGCCUUCGGGGGACCUGCCUGCCAGGGCCCAGACAUGGAGGCUGAAUUCUGUAGCCUGCGGCCAUGUCAAGGUCCUGGUGGGGAGUGGGGCCCCUGGUCUCCGUGCUCCGUGCCCUGUGGUGGUGGCUACCGGAACCGCACCCGAGGUGGUGGCCCCCACAGCCUGAUGGACUUCUCCCCCUGUGGCCUGCAGCCCUGUGCAGGGCCGGUGCCUGGCGUGUGUCCCAGGGGCAAGCGGUGGCUGGACUGUGCCGAGGGCCCUGCCUCCUGUGCAGAGCUCAGCGCUCCUCAAGGGACUAACCAGACCUGCCACCCUGGCUGCUACUGCCCUUCCGGAACGCUCCUGCUGAACAACGUGUGUGUGCCCUCCCAGGACUGCCCCUGCGCCCACGGGGGGCGCCUCCACCCCCCGGGCAGUGCUGUUCUUCGUCCCUGUGAGAACUGCUCCUGUGUCUCUGGGCUCAUUACCAACUGCACCUCCUGGCCUUGUGCGGAGGGUCAGCCCACGUGGUCGCCCUGGACCCCAUGGAGUGAGUGCUCGGCCUCCUGUGGCCCUGCCCGACGCCACCGGCACCGCUUCUGCACCAGGCGCCCUGGCAUGGUGCUGUCCAGCAUGGCGCUGCUGCCCCCACCGGCCUCGGCCACGCCUCUUUGCCCAGGCCCCGAGGCUGAGGAGGAGCCCUGCCUCCUGCCAGGGUGUGACCGAGCUGGGGGCUGGGGUCCUUGGGGCCCGUGGUCCAGCUGUAGCCGGAGCUGUGGGGGAGGCCUGCGGAGCCGGACCCGAGCCUGCGACCAGCCCCUGCCCCAGGGCCUGGGGGAUUACUGCGAGGGGCCUCGGGCCCAGGGGGAGACCUGCCAGGUUCUGCCAUGCCCAGUGACCAACUGCACAGCCAUUCAAGGGGCUGAGUACAGCCGCUGUGGCCCUCCCUGUCCACGCUCCUGUGAUGACCUAGUGCACUGUGUGUGGCACUGCCAGCCCGGCUGUUACUGCCCCCCAGGCCAGGUGCUGAGUGCCGACCGGGCCAUCUGCGUACAGCCUGGCCAUUGCAGCUGCCUGGACCUGCUGACUGGGGAGUGGCACCGGCCGGGCACUCAGCUGGCGAGGCCAGACGGCUGCAACUACUGCACCUGCUCGGAGGGGAGGCUGACCUGCACAGACCUGCCUUGCCCAGUGCCUGGAGGCUGGUGCCCGUGGUCGGAGUGGACAGCGUGCACCCAGCCCUGCAGGAGCCAGAUGAGGACCCGCUCCAGGGCCUGCACCUGCCCCCCUCCUCAGCACGGGGGAGCCCCGUGCCCCGGGGAGGCCGGGGAGGCAGGGGCCCAGCAUCAGCGGGAGACCUGCCCCAGCCGCACUGCGUGCCCAGUGGAUGGAGCCUGGAGCCCAUGGGGACCGUGGUCUCCCUGUGACGUGUGCCUGGGGCAGUCCCAUCGGAGCCGGGUGUGUAGCUGGCCCCCCACUGAGGGAGGCAGGCCCUGUCCUGGGGGCCAUGGGCAGAGUCGCCCUUGCCAAGACAAUUCCACCCGAUGCACAGACUGUGGGGGUGGCCAGGAGCUUCUUCCCUGUGGGCGGCCCUGCCCCCGCUCCUGCCAGGACCUGUCCCUGGGGAUGAUGUGCCAGCCAGGCUCGACGGCCUGCCAGCCCAGCUGUGGGUGUCCCCCUGGGCAGCUGUCCCAGGAUGGCCUUUGUGUGUCCCCCGCCCACUGCCGCUGCCAGUACCAGCCUGGAGCCAUGGGGAUCCCCGAGAACCAGAGCCGCUCAGCAGGGUCUGGGCUCAGCUCCUGGCAGAGCUUGGAACCCGGAGAGGUGGUGACUGGGCCGUGUGACAACUGCACCUGUGUGGCAGGCAUCCUGCAAUGCCAGGAGGUGCCUGGCUGCCCUGGCCCUGGGGUGUGGAGCUCCUGGGGCCCCUGGGAGGACUGCAGUGUUUCGUGUGGGGGAGGGGAGCAGCUGCGCUCUCGACGCUGCGCCCGGCCCCCCUGCCUGGGGCCUGUCCGCCAGAGCCGCACCUGCCACACACAAGUCUGCAGAGAGGCAGGCUGCCCGGCCGGGCGACUGUACCGGGAGUGCCAGCCCAGCGAGGGGUGCCCCUUCUCCUGCGCCCACAUCACUCAGCAGGUGGGCUGCUUCUCCGAUGGCUGCGAGGAGGGCUGCCACUGCCCCGAGGGCACCUUCCAGCAUGGCUCGGCCUGUGUCCAGGAGUGCCCGUGUGUGCUGACAGCCUUGCUGCUGCAGGAGCUGGGAGCCGCCAGCGCUGACCCUGAGGCUCGCCCACCCAUUCUGGGAGAGGGGGGUCAGCCCCUUGGGCCUGGAGAUGAGCUGGGCUCGGGUCAGACCCUCCGUGUAGGCUGCAGCAACUGUUCCUGUGUGCACGGAAAGCUGUCUUGCUCUGUGGAGGACUGCUCCAGGGCUGGUGGUGGCUUCAGUCCCUGGGGUCCAUGGGGUCUGUGCUCCCGCUCCUGUGGCGGGCUCGGCACCCGCACCCGUAGCCGCCAGUGUGUGCACCCCACGCCAGCUCCCGGCGGCCAGGGCUGCCUUGGGCCCCACCAGGACCUCGAGUACUGCCCCAGCCCAGACUGCCCAGGGGCUGGAGGGUCCACGGUGGAGCCAGCGACGGGCCUUCCAGGUGGCUGGGGCCUGUGGUCCCCGUGGUCCCCCUGCUCCAGCAGCUGCACAGACCCCGCUCGCCCUGCUCUGCGCAGCCGCACCCGCCUCUGCCUGGUGAACUGCACCAGCGGGGACACUUCGCAGGAGCGCCCUUGCAACCUGCCCUCUUGCACAGAGCUGCCGCUGUGCCCUGGCCCUGGCUGCGUGGCCGGGAACUGCUCCUGGACCACCUGGGCCCCGUGGGAACCUUGCUCCCGAAGCUGCGGGGUGGGCCAGCAGCGCCGCCUUCGGGCGUACCGUCCCCCAGGGCCCGGUGGGCACUGGUGCCCCGACAUCCUUACAGCUUACCAGGAGCACCGCUUCUGCAACCGGCGUGCUUGCCCAGUGCCAGGAGGCUGGUCCCGCUGGAGUCCCUGGUCCUGGUGUGACCGGAGCUGUGGAGGGGGCCGAUCCCUGAGGAGCCGCCGUUGCUCGAGCCCCCCACCCAAGAACGGGGGUGCUCCCUGUGUUGGGGAGAAGCACCACGCUCGGCUCUGCAAUCCCAUGCCGUGUGAGGAGGGCUGCCCAGCAGGCAUGGAGGUCGUCAGCUGUGCCAACCGCUGCCCCCGCCGCUGCUCAGACCUCCAGGAGGGGAUCGUGUGUCAGGAUGGCCAGCCCUGCCAGCGGGGCUGCCGCUGCCCUGAGGGCUCCCUGGAGCAGGACAGCGGCUGUGUGCCAAUUGAGCACUGCGAGUGCACGGAUGCCCAGGGCCACAGCUGGGCCCCAGGGAGCCAGCACCAGGAGGCCUGUAACAAUUGCUCGUGCCAGGCCGGGCAGCUCUCCUGCACGGCUCAGCCCUGCCCACCACCCGCCCACUGCACCUGGAGCCGCUGGUCAGCCUGGAGUCCCUGCAGCCGCUCAUGUGGGCCUGGCGGGCAGCAGAGCCGCUUCCGGUCCUCCACGUCAGACUCAUGGGCGCCGGAGUGUCGGGAGGAGCAGUCCCAGAGCCAGCCCUGCCCUCAGCCCCCGUGCCCACCCCUGUGCCUGCAUGGUGCCCACUCCCGCACCCUAGGGGACAGUUGGCAGCAGGGCGAGUGCCAGCAGUGCUCCUGCACCCCGGAGGGGGUCAUCUGCGAGGACACCAAGUGUGCAGAGCCCGGGGCCUGGACACUGUGGUCCCCCUGGUCUGACUGCCUUGUCUCCUGUGGAGGUGGAAACCAGGUCCGCACCCGGGCCUGCAUGGCCUUGGCUUCUCGCCUUGAGCCCCGCCACUGCCUGGGCCCCGACACCCAGACCCAGCACUGUGGGUGGCAGCCUUGCCCGGGGCUGCAGGAGGCCUGCUCCUGGGGCCCGUGGGGGCCCUGUUCCCGCAGCUGCGGCCCCGGCCUGGCCUCCCGCUCUGGGUCCUGCCCCUGCCUGCUGGCCGAGGCUGACCCCACCUGCAAUGGGACCUUCCUUCACCUGGACACCCAGGCCUGCUACGCAGGGCCCUGCCUGGAGGAGUGCGUGUGGAGCAGCUGGAGCAGCUGGACGCGAUGCUCAUGCCAAGUGCUGGUCCAGCAGCGCUACCGACACCAGGGACCAGCUCCCGGAAGGGCAAGGGAGGGCCCCCCCUGCACACGGCUGGACGGCCACUUCCGGCCUUGCCUCAUCAGCAACUGCUCUGAGGACAGCUGCACUCCUCCCUUUGAGUUCCACGCCUGCGGCUCCCCCUGUGCUGGGCUCUGUGCCACACACCUGAGCCGUGGGCUCUGUCAGGACCUGCCACCUUGCCAGCCCGGCUGCUACUGCCCUGAGGGGCUGCUGGAGCAGGCUGGGGGCUGCAUUCCCCCAGAGCAGUGUAGCUGCCAGCACAUCUUAGGAGAAGGAGCCGGGGUGACCCUGGCCCCCGGGGAAAACCUGCAGCUGGGCUGCAAAGAGUGUGUAUGCCAGCACGGGGAGCUGCGGUGCACCAGCUGGGGCUGUCAAGGUCUUCUGCCUCUCAGUGGCUGGUCCGAGUGGUCGCCUUGUGGGCCCUGCCUGCCCCUUGGUGUCCUGGCCCCUGCCUCCAGGGCUGCCCUAGAGGAGCGCUGGCCCCAGGACCCAGCCAGCCUCUCCCCAACCUCGGCCCCUGUGCUGGCCUCGGAGCAGCACCGCCAUCGCCUCUGCUUGGACCCUGAGACAGGGAGGCCAUGGGCCGGGGACCCAGACCUCUGCACUGCACCACUCAGCCAGCAACGCCUCUGCCCGGACCCUCAAGCCUGCCACGACUUAUGCCAGUGGAGUCCUUGGGGGCCCUGGAGCCCCUGCCAGGUGCCCUGCAGUGGGGGGUUCCGGCUGCGCUGGAGAAAGGCAGGGGUUCCCCCUGGAGGAGGCUGCCGGGGGCCAUGGGCUCAGACAGAGAGCUGCAACAUGGGGCCCUGCCCAGGGGAGAGCUGUGAGUCCAGGGACACCGUGCCCACCCCUGACUGUGCCAACCAGUGCCCUAGAAGCUGUGCCGACCUCUGGGACCGUGUGCAGUGUCUGCAGGGACCGUGCCGCCCAGGCUGCCGCUGUCCCCCUGGGCAACUGGUACAGGAUGGGCACUGUGUGCCCAUCUCCUCUUGCCGCUGUGGCCUCCCCAGCCCCAAUGCCUCGUGGGUCCUGGCCCCGGCCGAGGUGGUGCAGCUGGACUGCAAAACCUGCACCUGUGUCAAUGGGUCCCUGUUGUGUCCACGCCAUGAGUGCCCAGUCCUUGGGCCUUGGUCAGCCUGGAGCAGCUGCUCGGCUCCCUGCGGUGGGGGCACCACCAAGCGCCGUCGGAGCUGUGAGGAAGGUCCCAGGGGGGCACCAUGCCAAGCCCAGGACACAGAGCAAUGGCAGGAGUGUAACCCGCAGCCCUGCCCUGAGUGCCCACCUGGCCAGGUGCUCAGGGCCUGUGCCCUCUCGUGCCCGCGCCUCUGCUCACAUCUGCAGCCUGGUGACCUCUGUGUGCAGGACGUCUGCCAGCCUGGCUGUGGCUGCCCUGGAGGGCAGCUGCUGCACAAUGGCACCUGUGUGCCCCCCACUGCAUGCCCCUGCACCCAGCUCUCCCUGCCCUGGGGCCUCACCCUAAGCCUUGAAGAGCAGGCCCAGGAGCUGCCCCCAGGAACUGUGCUCAGCCGGAACUGCACCCGCUGUGUCUGCCAGGGUGGAGCCUUCAACUGCUCCCUCGCUGACUGUCAGGACUGCCCCCCUGGGGAAGUGUGGCAGCAGGUGGCCCCUGGGGAGCUGGGACCCUGCGAGCGGACAUGCUGGGAACCGAACGCCACUGAGUCUCAGAGCAACUGCAGUGCGGGGCAGGCCCCAGGCUGCGUGUGCCAGCCUGGGCACUUCCGCAGCCAGGCGGGACCCUGCGUGCCUGCAGACCGCUGCGAGUGCUGGCGCCACGGGCAUCCCCACCCACCUGGAUCCGAAUGGCCGGAGGACUGUGAGAGCUGCCGCUGCCUCGGUGGGAGGAGUGUCUGCACUCAGCAGUGCCCCCCCCUCACCUGUGCCCAGGGCGAGGUGACCGUGCAGGAGCCAGGGAGCUGCUGUCCCACUUGCCGCCAGGAGACCCUGGAAGAGCAGUCAGCCUCCUGCCGGCACCUCACUGAGCUUCGCAACCUCACCAAGGGCCCCUGCUACCUGGACCAGGUGGAAGUAAGCUACUGCAGUGGGCACUGCCCGUCCAGCACCAACGUCAUGCCUGAGGAGCCAUAUCUGCAGAGCCAGUGCGACUGCUGUAGCUACCGCCUGGACCCCGAGAGCCCCGUGCAGAUCCUGAACCUGCGCUGUCCUGGCGGCCACACAGAGCCAGUAGUGCUGCCCGUCAUCCACAGCUGUCAGUGCAGCGCCUGCCAGGGAGGUGAUUUCUCAAAGCGCUGAGGGCUCUACAGGAUGAGAUCGCUGCCGCCCCGCACGUGAUCACCGGGCCCAGCAGCGCUGACCCCCUCCUCCCUUGCCCACCUGUCCCCUCCCUGCCCUGGCACUAGCAUAU